AUGGAUACGAUCAACAAAGUCACGUCCGCCGCCUCUAAGGCUAUUUGGGGAGAGAACCAUAACCAGUCCCACGAGGAGCCCGUGUCGGGCAAGCUGGGCAAUGUAGAGGCUGGAGAGCCAUACGACGCCGGUAACAUUGAAACCAAGACUGGCACAACGGACACCGACCCUGCUGGCCCGGCCAAGUCUGCCCCUUCGGCUACUGGCAUCCAGGGCGACUCGACGAAAGCGCAGAAUGAUACCCGAUCGCCGCAAGACGAGUCCAUCACCGAACCGGGCAAGUCCACCAACGUGACCGACGACAAGGUCCCAAAGCCGGAAGACGGCCGGACAGCAGAAAAGAACGAGUCCCUCAAGACUUCGGACGAGGAAGUCAAGGUCGAUGGCCCCGGGCCCCGACCUCUCGAAGAGGUCGCUCGUGAACACGGCGGUGAUGCCGGCGCCAGCGGCGAGUCGGUAUCCGGACAAUCGCAACAACAGCCAGGACAACCAGGGGCACAACAACUUCCCGAGGAUGCUUCUACCGGACACAAGCGUCAGGAUAGCGGCAAGGGGCUUGCCGGGGAGAACAAUGAAGAAGGCGGCGAGCAAAAGGGGAAGCAGGAGGGCACCGGGGAGGAGUACGUCAAGUCGAGCGGGCUGGCUGCUGACGGUGGAGACUUUGAUGCCAGCCGGCCGGGUGCCGGGCGGGAAGCUGACCGUCUCCUCGAGGAAAAAGGUGUGCAUCCUGGCGCCGGUAGCCAUCACGGUCACGGAAAGCACGACACUGGGAGCGGUGGUAGUUCCGGUACACGGACUAGCCACGGCGGGAGUGCUGGGAGCCCGGGCAAGGAAAAGAUUGGCCUCAAGGACAAGAUCAAGGCAAAGCUGCACAAGAGCAGCACGUCCUCGUAG